AGGUGGAAGGUGUGGACUUUCAUGACACCUUUGCUCCCAUUGCCAAGUUGGUCACUAUUCGUUGCAUCAUUGCUUUAACCGCACAGCGUGGUUGGUUCCUACAUCAACAAAAAGUCACAACGCCUUCUUGCAUGACGACUUGGAGAAGGAAGUAUAUAUGAAAGUUCCUCAAGGUUUUGCUUAUCCUGUUGACAAUCGAGUAUGUCGACUUCGCAAGUCUAUUUAUGGCUUGAAAUAGGCAUCUCAUAAUUGGUAUACAAAGUUCACCUCUGCCAUCGGCGAGUUUGGAUUCACCUUGUCCAAGGCUAAUCACUCGCUUAUCACUUAUCAUCGUGGUGACGUGUUUUUGGUGGUAUUAAUUUACAUUGAUGAUGUCUCUUGCCAGGAAAUUCUUUGGUUGACAUUCAGCAAGUCAAGGAGUUCUUACAUGCUCGGUUCAACAUCAAGGAUUUGGGCACCUUGAAGCACGUUUUGGGCAUUGAAGUUGCCCAGUCACGAAAGGGUAUUUUGCUCACUCAGCGGAAGUAUGUGCUCGACAUUCUUGUCGAUGCUAGUGUACAGGGUGCUCGGCCUUGUUCCUUCCCCAUUGAGCAAAAUCAUCGGCUCACUUGUUUAGAUGAGGGCGCUGCUACCCCCGAUCCUGCUGCAUAUCGUCGUCUAAUGGGACGUGGUCGCCUAUUAUACCUCACUGUGACUUGGCCUAAUAUUGUUUAUGCAGUCAACAUCUUGAGUCAGGCGGUGCAUUCUCCGCUACAAGCCCAUGUUGACCAGCCCAUCGCGUCCUUCGUUACUUGAAGAGUGCGCCUGGUAAAGGAUUGUUUUUCGCAGCUGCAGGGACGCCUAUUUUAAUUGCUUACUGCAAUGCAGGUGGGGGAGGCUGUCAGCAUACCAGACGCUCGACAACCGACUAUUUUAUUACUCUUGGUGAUAGCCCUGUUUUUUGGCGUACUAAGUAAUAAACUGUGGUGGCCCGAUCGUCAUCCGAAGUCGAGUAUCAUGCCAUGACUAAUAGGGUCGGUGAAGUGGUCUGGUUACGUUGGUUACUUCAUGAGCUAGGGGUGUCUUCUUCUGGUCCUACCCCGCUGCAUCGUGACAACCAAGCGGCCUCACGUAUAUCUGCUAAUCCAGUCUUCCACGAGCGUACUAAACACGUGGAGAUCGAUUAUCAUUUUAUUCGUGAGCGUAUUGCUUCUUUAGAGAUUGUGCCACGAAAGAUUUCUACACAAGAUCAAAUGGCUGAUUUGUUCACCAAAGGCUUGGACGAAGAGCGUUUUGCUUUUCUUCGUUCCAAGCUUGGCAUGUAUGACAUCCAUGCCUUCGCUUGAGGAGGUGUCUUAGAGGUCAUGAGUUGUAGGUCGUGACUCGCACGUGUUGUGCGUGCAUGGGCAUGGACAAUUUUGUCUUUUGUCCUUAUUUUCGUGCCCUAGUUACUAGAUGAUGGGCCUUAUAUGUAGCUCUUCUCUGUAGAGAGUAUGUAGGCAUCAUAAUAUACAAAACGCUAAACCCUGAGAGCAUGUUAGUUUCUCUGUGGAGUAGCGACAUUCACAUCGAGCGACAUGAACCACGUUAAAUUCUCAUGUCGUGUGAUUGCUUCGAUUCCGCCUUACGAAUUUAUCACUUUCAGGCCUCCACCCACUCAAAUCGCCACAAGGUCAAUCUAAAAUCAAGACUGGAGUGGGACCGGACCGUGUCAAGACCGAACCGGAUUAACACCGGAUUGUAUUCAAUCCAUUUUUUAUCCUCAUAUUCCAGAAUAAACUGGAUCCGGACCAGAUUAAAUCAGACCAAUUUAUUCGGACCGGAAUGUAUAGUCACUCCUAAAUGUGAUGAUGUUAUUGUGCCGCAAAGCCAUUGUGCUCCAACGUGUGUGGUUGGAUUCGAAGAUGAGCAUGAGGAGCUAGAGUUGAACGAAGUUUGGAAAAUUAAACACCACCAUCUGAGGUGAUUAUGCAAAUGGUGGUCGAUAACUUUUUUCGCCAUUUCUUGAAAAUCAAUGAAGAAUCCAAAAUAAUACGGUUUUUUGUGUUAACCGGAUAAAACCAUAAUCCAUAGAAGUAAGAUAUUGAGCUAUGCAAUAGAAAAAAUGGAAGCUGUUCCCUACACAUCCGAGUAUAGAAGGUCGAAAGGAUAAGCACUAGUUAAUGUGGUAACAUAAAAUCACACCUUAUGACUCUUAUAACAAAGCUAAGCAUCAAAGAGACUAAGACCUAAGCAAACUAGAUAAGGACUUGACAGAGGAAUGAGCAAGUUGAGAAUGCCUAGAAUGUUCUGGAGUAAUGACAAUGGAUAAAUGAACCGUACCCACAUCUACGGAUAUGUCAUAUACAUCAUCUUUAUUCCUUUUCCUUAUAAUUGGCACACAUGUGUCAAGACUCAUCACAACAAAAUAAUUGGCAUACAAUUCAACCAAUACUAGAAUGGUUUGACAAAGUCUAGUUAUACUAUUGGCUAACAUAAAUUGCCCUAACAUUUAUCAUUAAUAACAUGCAAGACUAAUGGAUUCAAGUAAUUCCUAACUUUGUGAUCUAGCAAUACUCUAGGCGCAAUUCCUAAUCAUAUCUAAAUUAAGAACACAUGGACGCAUUUUUCUAUCAUGCCUAUGCGAAAAUCAGAGAUAAAUCAUACAAGGACAAUUUCCUAUCAUACUUUUACGAAAUUGUGACAAUCAAGCAGGAACAACAAGCACAAAUUAUUAAUACCUCCAUAAAUAUAAUUAUAUUAUAGUUAAUAAUCCUGAAAUUUCUCCAUGUUCCACUUCCUAAACAACCUAUGCUCUAGCCACACACAUGAAAGGAGAAAUACAUGAAUGCAAAUGGAAAGAUAAAACCUAUGAAGAUCAACUUACUAUGGAUGUGGAGGCAAGGUAGAGCCAUCACCUUCUUCGCCUUAUUUCGAUCGAUGAAUAAGGUGUAUUUAAGAGGUUAAAUAUGAGUACUUGGAGAAAAUCAUUGCUGUCGAAUUCCUAUACAAUCAUAUCCAAGGAGAGACAUUCCUCAAUGUUUUUUUUUUUUCAAGAACAUAGAGAAAGGAGCGAAUAAAUUAAAGUUGUAGUC